UUUCGAUAGUUCCUUUACGGUUUCCCUAUUCAUCAACCACAUAUAGAUAAUUCGAGUCGAUAGUUCCUUUACAGUUUUCCUAUUCAUCAACCACCUAUCGAUAACUCCAGUGCAAUUGGGGCGUAUUGUCGGGGAAAACAAAACAAUUAAGCAGACGAGGAAAAUACAGCAAAAUGGACAUGGACAUGGACCCGGAUAUGCCCAAUCAGCCCAAGUUCCUGCCCCGCGUCCAGCGGAGCACCGCGGGUACUGCCAACUCCUACGUGGCCACCGCCUCCGGGAAUCCUUUUGAAACCGACGAGGAGGAUGAGAUCUUCAGCAGGCACAAGAUGGUUCUACGGGUGCCCAGUAACUGCACCGGUGACCUGAUGCAUCUGACCGUCUCACGGAACUGGCUCUUUUGUCUGCUGGGCACGGCGGAGCGGACCACAUUACUGCGUUUCUUUCUACCCCGUGCCAUUCCUCCGGGCGAGGUUGCUCUGGAGAAGUAUCUGUCGGGCUCGGGCUACAAGAUAACUCGGAUGUUCCUGGAUCCCACCGGGCAUCACUUAAUCAUCGCACUAGUGCCAAGGUCCGCUUCCUCCGGCGUCUCUCCGGACUUUUUGUACAUCCAUUGCCUGGAGUCGCCACAGGCGCAGCAACUUAAGGUGCGACGCAUUGAGAAGUUCAAGGACCACGAGAUUACGGCCGUCGCCUUCAAUCCUUAUCACGGCAGUGAAUCAACAACGGGUCCAAUUCUGCUCGGCACCAGUCGCGGUCUUAUCUUUGAGACCGAACUGAGUCCAGCCCUUGACGGCCACGUCCAGCGCAAGCAGCUCUAUGACCUGGGUCUAGGACGCCCGAAAUACACAAUCACGGGCCUCAAGCUGCUGCGGGUGCCCAACAGCAAUCGGUACAUAAUCGUGGUGACAAGUCCAGAGUGCAUCUACACAUUCCAGGAGACCCUUAAGGCAGAGGAGCGAUCUCUACAGUCGAUAUUCGCCGGCUACGUAAGCGGCGUGCAGGAGCCGCACUGCGAGGAACGCAAGACCGAUCUGACCUAUUCGCAGCUCCGCUUUUUCGCCCCGCCGAACGGCAAAUAUCCAAAGCAGUGGGCGUGGUUGUGUGGCGAGGGCAUCCGUGUGGGUGAGCUUUCCAUCGAGGGCAACAGCGCCACCACACUGAUAGGAAACACACUCAUUAACUUGGACUUCGAGAAGGCCAUGCACCUGUCGUACGAGGAGCGCCGCCUUAACAUUCCCAAGGCAUUCGUACUGACGGAGUACCAUGCAGUAUUACUGUAUGCGGACCAUAUACGAGCCAUCUGCCUGCUGAACCAGGAGCAGGUCUACCAGGAACCCUUCGACGAGGCCCGGGUGGGCAAACCCCUGAACAUCGAACGGGACGACCACACCGGAUCCAUAUACGUUUAUACCACGAAGACCGUGUUCAAUGUUAGGGUGACGCGUGAGGAACGCAACGUGUGGCGCAUCUAUCUCGACAAGGGCCAGUACGAGCUAGCCACAGCGCAUGCAGCCGAAAAUCCUGAGAACUUGCAACUCGUGCUUGGCCAACGGGCGGACGCCGCCUUCGCGGAUGGAUCCUACCAGGUGGCGGCCGACUACUACUCGGAGACGGACAAGUCCUUCGAGGAGGUGUGUUUGAAGUUCAUGGAGCUGCCAGACAAGCGUCCCAUCAUCAACUACAUCAAAAAACGCCUCAGUCGGAUGACCACUAUGCCUGUAGAAGUAGAGGCGAUGGACGAGGAAGAAGCUAGUGUCUUCAAGGCUCUGGUCAUUUGGCUUAUUGACCUCUACCUCAUUCAGAUUAACAUGCCCGACCAAAACGAGGAGUGGCGCAAGGCGUGGCAAACGGAGUACGAUGAGUUCAUGAUGGAUGCUUCUGUCCUAUCCUGUACACGACAAAAUCGAGAGGACGUGCAGGAUUUGAUAGCCGAGCACGCAGAUCCCCACAACAUGGCACAGUUUGCUAUCGCCAUCGGUGAUUAUGAUGAAGUCGUGGGGCAGCAACUAAAAGCGGAGUCCUAUACUGAAGCUCUGCAAACGUUGAUCAAUCAACGGAAUCCAGAACUCUUUUACAAAUAUGCGCCCGAAUUGAUUACGAAGCUGCCGAAGCCAACGGUGGACGCGUUAAUGGCCCAGGGAUCUCGACUGGAAGUGGAAAAGCUCGUGCCAACGCUCAUCAUUAUGGAAGAUCGCGAGCAGCGGGAGCAAACGCAGCGGUACCUUGAGUUCGCCAUCUACAAGCUCAAUACCACAAACGAUGCCAUACAUAACUUCCUGCUGCACUUGUACGCGCAGCACGAUCCAAAGCUGCUGAUGAAGUACCUCGAAAUCCAGGGCCGCGAUGAGACUCUUGUUCACUACGACAUCCACUACGCCUUCAAGAUAUGUCACGAUCUGAAGGUGAAGGAGGCUUGCGUGUUCCUGGAUUGCCUGCUACGCAAAUGGGUAUCUGCAGUUGAUCUCGCCCUCACGUUCGAUAUGAAGCUGGCCAAGGAGACCGCUUCCAGGCCGACGGACAGUGAAAUGCGUCGCACGCUCUGGCUUCGCAUUGCGUAUCACGACAUAAAAGGAACUGACGACGUUAAGAAGGCACUUAACCUGUUGAAGGAGUGUGAUCUUCUGCGAAUAGAGGACCUCCUGCCAUUCUUUUCCGACUUCGAGAAGAUUGACAACUUCAAGGAACCGAUCUGUGAUGCCUUGCAAGAUUAUAAUCAGCGAAUCCAGGAGCUGCAGCGAGAAAUGUCCGAGACCGAGGAGCAAACCAAACGAGUGCGAGAAGAUUUGCAAGACAUUCGGCAACACAGUUUCACUGCGAAUGCGCAGGACACGUGCGGAGUUUGCGAGAUGAUGCUGUUGGUAAAGCCUUUCUUCGUCUUCAUGUGCGGCCACAAGUUCCACAGCGACUGUCUUGAGAAGCAGGUCGUUCCCAUGCUCACCAAGGAGCAGGCCAAACGCCUUAACACACUGAAACAGCAACUGGAGGCAGAGGUGCAGACCCAGUCGCAGGCGCUGUCGCUGCCGCACUCGAGUGCCUUGGGCAAACAACAGGCGAAGGAACUGCAGCGGAAAAGAGCACUAUUAAAAACCCAAAUCGAGGAUAUUGUGGCUGCGGACUGCCUGUUCUGCGGCCUUUUAAUCAAUACAAUUGACCAGCCGUUUGUGGACGACUGGGAGCAGGUGAAUGUCGAGUGGGAGUAGUUCACCCCCACUGUCGUUCAAACCCAAAAAUUUAUGUACAUAAAGAGUAUUUAUUAAUAAACCUACACAAAUCACAA